GUCACUGUGAGAGCUUGAUUUCUUCCUUUUUCAGGUACCACAUGUUUCUAUGCUCAUGUUUAUUCGUGGAUCAGGAUCUAGAGCAACAAUGGUGGCUCAGCUGUGGAAGAAUACAAACAAACAAUUCUGAAAGCUGUGAAAGCUCGAGGUUGAGUGACACACUCGUACAGUGACCGCUUUUUGGUUUAUAAGGAUGAAGUCGCUCCGUGUCGUUGUUCCCUGGUACGCAAUUUACGUUCGGUCCUUUUCCAAGUCAAACUUUUGAACCUUUCCUCUGCUAUAAAGCUCGCGACCGGAUAUCACAACCGCAUCACUUUCGUUUUAACCAAAAGAAGAGAAUCCAUCAUGCUCUUCUCCUCCACCCUCGUUAUCGCUGUCGCGGCUUGUGGUGCUAUGGGACAAAGCAUUGUAGGUCUUCCCUCUCCUUCGCCUUACCUUUUCUAUACCGCUCAAAUCUUCCUUGCCCUUAUCAGUGACUGACACAGCCGUCCAAAGAUACCACAAAACGCUACAACUAGAACGGAGCCCACAAGGACUGUCAUACCAAGUCUCCUCCCUGUCACGCCUAGACCUACCAAUGGAACAUCGGGUGUUGUCACUUCGUCCUCUCGGCCCUUGACCACGAGUCGACCCUCAGAUGGGACAACUACGAGACCUGGUUCUGCGUCUACGCUCGGGGGUCCCGCUUCUACGGCCAAGCCUACGAGUACUAAUGCGGCGAAUUACAAUUCUGGUGUGGGAGGGGUGCUUGGGGUUGUUGGGGCGGGGGUUCUGGGUUUUGCCUUGGGUUUGUAG